GGGCGGCCUGAAACGCCGCGGUGAGCCACAUGCGAGCGGGGCGCUUGGAGGCGGCGGCUGCACGAGCGAGAGAGCUCAGCGGCGGUGGGCCAGGACGCAGACGCAGCGCCACCUCCAACAGCACCAAGAGUAGCAGCAGCAGCAGUAGCAACCACCACUGCAGCUAGAGAGGCAGCAGCAACAGGAGCCUCGGCAGCAAGCCGGCGCAGCGAGCGGGACUCGGCGGGCGCGCCUUCCAAAAGGAAGCCGCCCGCCACCCCAUCAUCGCCCUCUUCCGGCGUGUUCAUGCCCCCGGGGCCCCAGGGAGCGCCAUGGCCCGCGCACGCCAGGAGGGCAGUUCUCCGGAGCCCGUAGAGGGCCUGGCCCGCGAUGGCCCACGUCCCUUCCCGCUCGGUCGCCUGAUGCCAUCGGCUGUGUCCUGCGGCCUCUGUGAGCCGGGCCUGCCCGCCGCCCCCGCCGCCCCUGCCCUGCUGCCCGCCGCCUACCUCUGCGCCCCCACCGCCCAGCCUGCCGUCACCGCCGCCCUGGGGGGCCCCCGCUGGCCUGGGGCUCCCCGCAGCCGGCCCCGAGGCCCGCGCCCGGAUGGUCCUCAGCCCUCGCUCUCACCGGCCGAGCAGCACCUAGAGUCUACCGUGCCCAGCGCCCCGGAGGCCCUGGCAGGAGGUCCCACCCAGGCAGCCCCGGGAGUCCGAGGGGAGGAGGAGGAGUGGGCCCGGGAGAUCGGGGCCCAGCUGCGGCGGAUGGCGGACGACCUCAACGCGCAGUACGAGCGGCGGAGACUAGAAGAACAACAUCGACACCGCCCCUCGCCCUGGAGGGCCAUAUACAAUCUCUUCAUGGGACUCCUGCCCUUACCCAGGGACCCCAGAGCCCCAGAGAUGGAGCCCAACUAGGUGCUGACACCUGUCCAGGGGACUUCCUGGAUGUGGGGGCAGGACCCUCCACCUUCUGACUCCCUGGCCAGAGCAGGGGACUUUUUCUGCAACGUGUAGCAUACUGGGCUGCUAACCCUGCCUGUGCCAGGGGCAGACGUCAGAAGCCACUGCAGCCGGGCAGCCUGGAUGCACUGAUGGAGAUACAGACUCGGGGACCCUGGCCUCCCGAAAGCCAGGGGAGGGAGGGCUGACGGACUCACGGUGACCGAGGGGGUGGGGACUGAGCCACCCGCCUCUGCCGCCCACCACCAUCUCAGGAAAGGGUGCUGGUGCUGGCUGCCCGUUCCAGCUGCAGGGGGGGGACACUGGGGGUGUCCCCAGUGCGCCUUCACUUUGGGCCUGGACUCAGGGCCCUGGUGCUUCCCCCCUCCUCCUGGGGAGGGGGCCUGUGAAGAGCAUAUGAGCCAAACCUGACCACUAGCCUCCUGGAGCCAGAGAAUGGGGAGUGUGUGACAGCCUCCCCAACCCAGCCCCCAGCCAUCUUCCCUGAGCCGCCGGCUGGCGGUGGACAAUGUCCGCCUCACCUUCGUCUGGGGGUGGCCAGGAGGGGCCCAGACUGUGAAUCCUGUGCUCUGCCCAGGACCACCCCCCCCAGACCCCAUCCAUCCCAUCGCAUAGGUUUAGAGAGAGCACGUGUGACCACUGGCGUUCAUUUGGGGGGUGGGAUAUUUGGCAGAAGCCGCCCCAGCCUUAGUCCCCAAGGCAAAGCGCUGGGGGGAAGAUGGGGAGUCAGGGAGGGGGGGAGUCUCAGAAGAGGGAGGAGUCUGGGAGUGGGGAGGGAAGGCCCAGCCUGUAAAAUACUGUACAUGCGCUGCUGUAGAUACUGGAAUGAAUUUUCUGUACAUGUUUGGUUAAUUUUUUUUGUACAUGAUUUUUGUAUGUUUCCUUUUCAAUAAAAUCAGAUUGGAACAGUG